AUGGAGGCACUUGCUGCUCUCAGCCUUGCGGGCAACGUUAUGCAAUUUGCGGACUUUUCUAGUAAAAUAAUAGCCGAAGCUCGUGCAAUAGAAAGGAAUGGAGAGUCGUCGUCAAUUGCUGAUCUCCAGCGCUUUGCUUCAAACUCUACGAAGCAGGCGGGAAUCAUCAAAUCUCGUCUUCAGGCUAGCUGUCACACAAGACCUCUCAGUGAAGAGAAUCAGCAUCUUGUGGAUUUGGCAACAGACUGCGAACAAGCCGGACAUGAGUUUGCAAGUUAUCUGUCCACAUUUUCGAGUUCCCGAACGACACGAAACUUCCUACAUAAUCUGAAGGACGGUAUCAGAAUUCGAUGGCGACAAGAAGAAAUCGUUACCUUCGUCGAGAAGCUCGAGAGCUUUCAGAGCGCCUUAACACUUGCAACAAUACUCGCCUUUCGAUCCAGUGUUGACGGCAACAACAAGGAUAUCGUAUUUCAUUUGAAGGCACUGCAGAAGUCAAGCGACGAAAACAGCGCCGAAAGCAUUAAGAACAACGAGCAGAUCAAAAUUACACUGAUGGCUAUGCAGUCACAUUCUGCCUCUAAUCUGGCAAUGCAACAGAAAUUGCAAAAUUGCCUGGGCGAAAUCAGCUUACUGCAUCGAUCCACGCCGCAAAAUCAGACCAUCUUGAAAUGGUUGAACUUUCGUCAAAUGGCUUGGAGAUACGAAGAGAUAUGCGCCGCUUAUCAAGAGACAUUUCAAUGGAUCUUCAGGCCGCCAGGUCCAGCCGAUUCAUGGGAUGAUUUUGGCAACUACUUAACUGGAGAGGGCAUUGACGCGCCUUACUUCAUCAAUGGAAAGGCCGGAAGCGGAAAAUCAACACUUCUCAGAUUCAUUGUCGAUAAUGACCAAACAUAUAACAAGUUAGCUCUCUGGGCGCCGCAGAACCAGCUCCUUGUGCUCCACUUUUUCUUUUGGAAUUUGGGCACACCAUUACAGAAGAGUCGGACUGGAAUGCUCCGGGCUAUCCUUCACGAGGCACUCUCCAAGCAUCCUGAGCUCAUCCCAGCAACGCUUCCAGACAUAUACAGCAACUGGAAGGACUCUUAUGUGAAUGAUGAACCUACCUUUGCGGAGAUGAAAAGAGCACUAGAACUCUUUAUAGAGAAAGCUUCAAAAUUUCUCAAGAUAUGCAUCUUCAUUGACGGCGUAGACGAGUUGGCCGGCGACCAUAAAGAGUUAGCGCAAUUUAUUCAUUCACUUACUGGAACGAAUGUCAAAGUCGUGGUAUCCAGCCGGCCCAUCAAUCCAAGUGUCAACAUCUUCCGGGGCUGUCCAACCUUGAGAUUGCAAGAUCUCACAAGACACGAUAUGGAUCAGUACAUCAGGGGCAAUCUGGUGGACCACCAAGCUAUGUGUCAAAUGUCGAAGUGCGAUCCACAAGAAGCAGGAAACCUGGUCUCGGAGAUCAAAUUGAAGGCUGAAGGCGUCUUUCUCUGGGUUCGCUUGGUUGUACGACUUCUCAUGGAUGGUCUUGAAGCUGGCGAUUCAAUCAUGGACUUGCAAAAAAAACUUUAUUCACUUCCUAGGGACUUGAAAGAUCUGUACCGGAGAAUGCUGUCGAUAAUUCUUCCUGAGUACCAGGUACAAGCAUCUGAAAUGCUUCAGAUGUUCCAUGUCUGGAAUACCUACACUUCGCAUCAGCCACUUGGCGUGGUCACUUUUGCAUUUGCUAUGCACCCCUCAGAUGAGGCAUUUAACCGCCCAGUUGCCCCUCUGAAUCUGGAUCAGUACAUAUGGCUGUACAACAGUACGGAAGCGCGAAUCCAAAGCCGGUGCUGUGGUCUCCUGGAGGUUGGAAGAGACCGUGGUCCCAUGAAUGCUGCUUUGGAUUGGGCCUCUGGCGAAGAAAAUGAUGGUUCGGUGGUGAGAUAUAUGCAUCGAACAGUUGGUGAAUUUCUAGUCUGCGGCGAGGUAUGGGAAGAGAUGAAUGAGAUGACACAAAACUCUGGAUUCAAUCCAGCUUUGAACCUUUCCUCAGCUUGUCUUUCCAUGCUCAAGUCGGCGAGCACUAUCGCUACUGCAGCAGCAUUGAAGAUACUAUUUGGCAAUCUAAUCAACUUUCUUGGAUCAUCCAUUUGCUUUGAGGGUCAACUUUUGCCUGACUAUAUGCAAUGUAUGGAGGAAUCGAUGGUCAAAAAUCCAGACCUCUUCAGCCAUCUCUUUGGUAGAGAAGGGGUUCAGAAUGGAGAUUGGUUGCGCUACUUCCGCUCCGAUGUCGAGAAGGCUAUCAGCAAACAUGAGGCAGAACCAUUCAAAGUAUUGGACAAAAUACCCUAUAAAGUUAGUAAGUUUGGACAAUAUGUGCCUCCAGGAGCCCCUCAGAAGCCACGUCCUAGUGUGAAAACAUCUCUGGGUCGAUAUGAACGUCCUUCCUAUGAGUUUCGCCAGUACGCAGACUCUUCGGAUGAGUACACAGACUCUUCAGAUGAAAACGCCGAAAACGAUUCGAAUCGCAAAAGAGAUGUUACGAUAGGACGUAGGACCACGAGAGAAACAAGAGGAAGCAGAGGGCCAUCCCUAGCCGGCACCAAUGAUAAUAGCCGUGAAUCAAUGAGACAACAUCGCCACACCAACUCUCCCCCAAACCCUAAGCCCCAGGUCUGGAUUCCUCACUCCUUCCCCGCCGCAGCGGCGCAAUCACGUUUCAAACUUUCAGACGGAAACCCACACCCCGGAAUACGUUUCAAAUUCGAUCCGAUCCGACUCAUCUGUAUCAAGAUCCCAGUUCAAUUGAUUCUAUUGUAA